ACUGCACUCUAUUUAGAUUAUGGUUCCGGCAGGAAGAAGGGGUGAGAAAUGGAAAAAGAACAUGGUCGAGUCGCAGCACCUGUUAAACGUGAAGCAAGUUGUUUUUGGACAAUGCCAAGAAUGUGGUGCUGGAAAAGCUCAGCAGUGCUGACUCGGGAGCUUUGAAUCCUCUUGAGUCGAAGGGCUGAGGAAGAUAUACUUGAAGGUGCACCUGCUAAUCCUCGUUGAUAUUGCCAGAUACUAUGCCCAUAACUCACUAUCCUGCAAGAGUUGUCCUCAUCCAGCUCCUUAUCCUCCUUGUGGAUCGUGUGUUCACCAGAAAUGUCAACUUUCAUAACGUGAGGCCACCAAUGUCCCCGACUCCAUUUCCAAACAGCUUCAAGUGCUUCACUUGCAACAAUGCUUUGAACAACUAUGAGUGUAACAGAUGGGCUGAAGACAAGUGGUGCCCGCAGCAUACAGAGUAUUGCCUGACAGUACACAGAUUUACAAGCCAUGGCAGGAGUGAAUCAGUCUCAAAGAGAUGUGUUUCAAAGGUGGAAUGUUAUUCAGUUGGCUGCCGUCACUUAAGGAAGUUUGGUUAUACAGAGUGUACUUCCUGUUGUGAAGGGAUGAUCUGCAACAUCGAUGUGCCAACAAAUCACACAAAUGCUGUGCUUAUGGUUAAACGGCUCCACAGGUUACCUUCAUCUGCCAGCAAUACGGUGUUGAACAUAAGCUGGAUCACACUGGCACUGCUAGUUGUCCUUUUGAUAUGAUAAACAGCAAGCAACAUCGAGUGAAGUUUUUUUAUGCGCAUUAGCUAUUUUGAUUGAUUCCAUCUUUGAGCUUUGGAAACAUAAAUCUCACCUUCAAAAUAGUCCCAGAUAUUGCACUGAUGAAUAAAAGGUGCAUGCUGUCAACUUGUACACUGGCAUUACAAAGACUGGAUUGUGAGUUGAUCUGAUGUGAAAACUGCUGUUGGAAUAGACCUUAGAUCAAAGAAUCUAACGAGGAAGGUUGUGAGACAUUUAACGAAAGGAUAAAUACAGAUUUCCAUUUUUAAAAUUUUGUAAUUUUUUUUGUCCCAUAUUACCUUCAUCUCCUGGAAAUAUUUAUCAAUUUGCAAGGGUACCAUCAUGGACACUAUAUGCCUUCAGUCCUCCUUGUCAAGGGGGUCAUAAUUCAAGUGCAAACCUUGCUAGUACAUAUCUGCAAGCUAUUCAGUAGUAAACUAUUAACAGUCCUUCUUACCUGAUGUUCACACACAUCCAGUGGAGUAAAUGAACAGUAAUCUGGAACAGAAAUUGUUACCAUUGUUUUUUUUUUCCAUUCUUAACUCUGGUGUGCUGAGUCCAGGAAACCUCAGGAAAACAUAAAAUUAAACUUGAAAUCAUUCUAUUCUGGUUGAAUUUGUUGAUUGCUGGAUAAAAUCAGAGUAGAAGAAAUACAAGUUUUCCAUAGUAAAUUUUCUGGCUUUUAGUACAAAUUUUUCAAAACUGAUCACAGUACUUUUCCCCAGCCCCAAUGUCCAUGACAAACUGCUAUUUGUGAUUUUAGACUAAUUCCAUGAUGAUAAUUUGGCAGAUGGCAGUUUUGGAAAGUAAACUUGUACGCAGGUAAAAUUUAUUUCACAAUCAGACUGAAAAAAUGCAGAAACUAUAAGCCAUAAAAAACUCUAAACAAUAGCAUUGUAACUGUUUAACUAUGACUGAUUUGCUGGGUAAUAUGCAAUGAUUGAAUGUCGACUCAAAAAUACUUGUAAACAAUAUGAGAGCACUGGAUCGUGAUGUCCUGUUCCUUUAUAAUCAGAAGAUUAAAUUGCAAUCAUGGAUAUUUAUGCUUUGAAGUUAUACCCUAUAUAUGAGGAUAGAUGUCCCCCAUUUUAAACAAUGAACAAAAGAAAAACACAGUUGAAAGCGCACAAUAAAUGACUUUUGGACUGGAGUGACAACUAUUAUUUUGUCAAACAUUGCAGCCGUUUUGUACUAGCACAUCAUGCACAAUACGCAAGUGACUUUAACUUGUGAAAAAACCUUCUCCCAGUUUAGUGUAAUAAAAGCAAGUUGCUGGAGAUCUGAAAUAAAAACAGAAGUUGCUGGAGAAACUCAGCAGAUCUGGCAGCAUCUGUGGAAAAGAAA